AUGCGAUAUGUCUCAAGAAAUGUGGCUCUCUCGUUUGCUCCGCGUUGCGCUUUGUGUUUUUUUUUUUGUUUUACGUUCUUCCCACGGUGGGUGGAGGGGCAAGGGACGCGGGUACAACAACCCGUCACACGCACAGACACAAGAGCACGCAGCCAGAACUUUGCACAUUCAAGGAUGGGGUCUCUUUGUGUGGGUGUGGAGGAGGACGCCGUGCCACUGGGUCGGCUUCUCCCCGUUUUUAUUCUCGAUGCGUGGCUGUCCUCCUUCACCCGGUAUCCGCGCAAGAGGGGGCGUAUUCGGCACGCCGCCCUUUCGUUCCCGUUACUUCCAGGCGUGGAAAUGGGAAUGCUGUUGGCGAUGACGAUGUAG